CAACAGCUUACCCAUUACGCCCAUCCAAAACGAGGCACGCAUUACCUUCACUACAAAGAAAAAAACCACGAGACACCCAAAGGCCUAAACUCUCUGGUCUCCUCCACCGAUAUCAUGAACUACCCUCUAUCUCCACCACCCUCCGGCGGAGACACCGUUAUACCCGACCCAUGGUACGGAAACAUCCAAUAUCUUCUUAACAUCUCAACAAUCGGUCUCUUCUUUUGCAUCUUUAUCUUCCUCUUCGCCAAGCUCCGCAGCGACCAUCGCCGCAUGCCUGGCUUCUCCGCCUUAGCCACCAAACUCCUCGCCGUAUGGCACGCUACCGGCCGUGAAAUCGCCCUUCACUGUGGUGCUGACGCUGCCCAGUUCCUUAUAAUUGAAGGUGGAAGCUUUGUUGUUGUUUUGUCAAUUGGGGUUUUAUCAAUUUGUGUUUUGCUUCCUUUAAAUAUGUAUGGAGGGAGUCAAGUUAUAAACGAUGAGUUUUCAAAGACUACUAUUAAUCAUAUUGAGAAAGGUUCAAGCUUUCUUUGGAUUCAUUUUGUUUUCGUUGUUAUUGUUGUGCUUUUAGCUCAUUUUGGUAUGUCUUUGAUUGAAAAGAGGCUUAAAGUCACUAGAUUUAGAGAUGGGAAUGGGAACUUAAGUGACCCAAAUGCGAAUUCUAUUGCUAUUUUUACUAUUAUGGUUCAAGGAUUGCCUAAAAGUAUAGGGGAUGAUAGGAGGGUUUUACAAGAGUAUUUUCAGCAUUGGUAUCCUGGUAAGAUUUAUAAAGUUAUUAUGCCUAUGGAUUUGUGUGCAUUGGAUGUUUUAGCGACGGAAUUGGUUAGAGUUAGGGAUGAAAUUACUUGGUUGGUUGCAAAAAUUGACUCGAGGCGUUUGCCUGAAGAUAAUGAGGGGGUUGGUGGUGGAGAGGGGUUUUGCGAGCAGUUGCAAGGUGGGGUGGUUUGGCUGUGGAGAAAUGUGAAGAAUUGGUGGGGUAAGAUGAUGGAUAAGUUGGGGUAUACAGAUGAAGAGGAGUUGAGGAGAUUACAAGAAUUGAGGGUGGAGCUGGAGACGGAGUUGGCAGAGUAUAAAGAAGGUCGUGCGCCAAGUGCUGGAGUUGCGUUUGUGAUAUUUAAGGAUGUUUAUACAGCUAAUAAAGCUGUUCAGGAUUUUCGGAAUGAGAAGAAGAGGCGGGUCGGUAAGUUCUCUUCUGUCAUGGAGUUGAGGUUGCAGAGGAACCAGUGGAGAGUGGAACGAGCUCCAUUGGCAGCAGAUAUUUACUGGAAUCAUUUGGGGUCGUCAAAGUUGUCUCUGAGGUUGAGGAGAUUGUUUGUGAACACGUGCUUGCUGUUAAUGCUUUUAUUCUUUAGCUCUCCUCUUGCUGUGAUAAGUGCUUUGAAUAGUGCUGGGCGAAUUAUUGAUGCAGAAGCUAUGGAUAAUGCACAAUCAUGGUUGGAUUGGGUACAGAGUUCCAGCUGGUUUGCGUCCUUAAUCUUCCAGUUCCUGCCAAAUCUUAUUAUCUUUGUGAGCAUGUAUAUAAUAGUUCCAUUGGUUCUCUCUUAUAUGUCCAAGUUUGAACGUCAUCUAACUGUCUCUGGGGAGCAAAGAGCUGCGCUUUUGAAGAUGGUUUGUUUCUUCCUUGUAAACCUCAUUCUGUUGAGAGCUCUGGUUGAGUCUUCUUUGGAAGGUACAAUCCUAAAAAUGGGUAGAUGUUAUUUGGAUGGAGAAGACUGCAAGAGGAUCGAGCAAUACAUGAGUGCAUCAUUUCUGUCAAGAUCGUGUCUCUCUUCACUUGCAUUUCUAAUCACAAGUACUUUCUUGGGUAUAUCUUAUGAUCUAUUGGCUCCUAUCCCAUGGAUAAAGAAGAAGAUUCAGAAGUAUAGGAAGAAUGACAUGCUCCAGCUGGUGCCUGAGCAGAGUGAAGAGUACCCUUUGGUAGAUCAAGCCAUAGAUGCUCUUCAGAGACCACUGAUGCCUGAUAAUAUGUUUGAUUCUCCCCGGUCAAAUGUAAUUGAUGAAGAGGGACAAGAUCUCUCUGUUUAUCCAGUCAGCAGAACCUCUCCCAUUCCCAAGCAGACAUUUGAUUUUGCUCAAUAUUAUGCAUUUAAUUUGACAAUAUUCACACUGACCUUGAUAUAUUCAUCAUUUGCUCCGCUCGUGGUCCCUGUUGGUGCAGUUUACUUUGGGUAUAGGUAUGUGGUGGACAAGUACAACUUUCUGUUUGUAUAUAGAGUUCGGGGUUUUCCUGCUGGAAAUGAUGGGAGGUUGAUGGAUACUGUAUUGUGUAUCAUGCGUUUCUCUGUUGAUUUAUUCCUUCUAUCAAUGCUUCUGUUCUUCUCGGUUCAUGGUGAUUCCACAAAGUUGCAAGCCAUUUUCACACUUGGAAUAUUAAUAGUGUACAAAUUAUUACCUUCUGAUAAUGAUAGUUUUCAGCCAGCUCUUUUGGAAGGUAUACAAGCUGUUGACAGCAUUGUAGAUGGACCCAUUGAUUACGAGGUAUUCUCACAACCCAGGUUUGACUGGGAUUGAUAUUAUUCUUGAUUUGAAGCUUAACAACUGUAUGCAGCUAAUCAAUUCAUCGCUUGUGUUGUUUUGCCCUUGUGUA